CCAGACAAGAAUCGUUCGCGAGACAGAGCUAAAGAGAACGGAAAAACAAUGGAGAAGAAGACGGCUUACUGCCUGUUGCUCCUGGUGCUCCUGGUCCCUUACACCACCCUGGGCGCCGUCGUGAAGAGGGCCCCACCGAAGAAGGGGACGGAGGCCCGUCAGUUGGCCAUACCGGCUGUCUACUUCGGCGCCGCGGUGGCUCCUGCCGUGUGGCAAUUCCUGGUGGCCGCUUAUGGAGCUGCUGCCGUGGCGGCUGCGGGAGUCACCAUCUCCAACCAUAACAGCCACUCCUGUGGGGGCCUCGGGAUCGAAGGGCAUUGUCGCGCCGAAUGCCAGGCAAACGAGUUUGUCGACGACUAUUACUCGGUCGUCUGUCACCAGGGCGCAGGGUACAAAUGCUGCCGCCCAGAGGAAAUGUGAAAGCUGACGGCCACGCCACUGCAGAUGACCUAACUCUGCACCCGGCAGUUGUCCAUGCCUCUGCGCUGUGCUCGCGAUGACAUCAUAGUCACACGAGUAGAAUUGACAGAAAAUCAGAAUA